GACAGGGCCAGCAGUGAUCAGCAGCAGGAACCCGUCCUGCAACUCGGUGGCACCUCAGCUCUGCAGGGGUGGGGGCAGCGAGGGUGAGAGGGGUAGCUGGCGAGGCCGCCAGGGGGCCCAGUGCCUCCCUGCCCUGGAGCUUCACCACAGAUUACAGCUGAGGACAGAGGUCUGCAAAUCACAUGUCUUUGCUUGUAUUCCACCGGGGAAUGACAAACCUUCCUGUGUUGUUGACACUUGUUUCCAGGUAGGGUUAAGGUUCAGCCCUCCUGACCCCCCAGGGCAGGUCAUAACAUCCUCCGGGGGUGCCCGGGGCUGGCACCAGGGAGGCAGGCACGGUGGCCUCCCUUCCCCUGAGCGCAUUGAUCUAACUGCUCAUGGGCACAAGGAAGAUGGUCACUUCAACUGAGCUGGACUCAGGGAGGUCCGGUGGUCCCAGAGGGCUGGCGGACAUGUGUGCCAGGCUGUGGGGGAGGCCAGGGUGCUGGGUUAGCAUGUAAGCUGGGCAUCCUGUGGCCACGCUGACCUGUGUGUGUCCUUCCUUCCUGUGUCCCAGCCCCCAGCCCAGCCUGACCCUCAUCCAGCUGGGGAGUGGGGGAUGGAGUCAGAACCACGAGCCGCAGUGAGACAGGCUCCUCGGUCUCACUGAGUCUGCCCUACCUGAGGGUGCAGCCAGGAGUAGCCCAGGCAGGGCUGGGCAACUGUGGUUGCAACUAAUGGGCUGUGGCCAGGUCCAUUCACAGCUGACUCCAACAGCUGAGGGUGGCCUUCCCCAAAGAGCUGGAGCCUUUCUGCCCCCGGCUGCUCAUUCCCCUCUGAGACCCUGUACUCCCCCGUGAGCACCCAUUUUGCCACUGGCAAGGGUAAAACUUUCCUCCCCUCCCUGAGCCCUGACCCAGCGGACUAGGUUUUCCUUUUGGGAAUCUUGAGUUCUGUGCCGGGCUCGAUGGGGACUUCCCCACACAGUGGCGGGCCCAGCAUGCAAUAGAGAGCUUCCACGUCUCUGGAUGCUGCAGGAAGUGUUCAAAACCAAGCAAGGAGGACUCAGACUUCCCUUUUGUGUGGUCCAGGGAGUGAUGGAGGCUGUCGUGAGACAGGGUGUCUCUGGGGCUGAUGGGGGCCACCAGGCUGUGGGCAGAGUGGAGUAACUUCCCUGAAUGUCCCUGGGUGCUGGGACCUUGGCUGAUAUCUUAAUUAUGUGCUUCUUGCGGCAAAGCUGCCAACAGCAAACUUUUCUGCAGCACUGCCCCACCACCCCAUGUCUCCCUGUGCCAGGCCGGCUGUGUCCCAGAGGCUGCAAGGGCUCGAACACCGCAUGGACACACACAACCACUCAUCUGUGGAGGCGUUUGCCCUGCAGAGUUUCUCAGAGGAGCCUGGGCUCCGGGGUCUCUUCCUGGUCUUGUUCCUCCUCCUUUUCCUGGGGGCUCUUGCAGGGAACACCCUCAUUGUCACGGCCAUCAGCCUGCACCCAGGCCUCCAUACUCCAAUGUACUUCUUUCUCAGCAACCUGGCUGUUUUAGACAUCGUCUGCACGUCUACAGUUCUCCCCAAAUUGCUGGAGAACCUGGUGGUCAAGGGUGGCACCAUCUCCUAUCAGGGAUGCAUGACUCAACUCUUCUUCCUGACCUGGUUUCUGGGGGCCGAGCUGCUGCUGCUGACGGUCAUGGCCUACGACCGCUACGUGGCCAUCUGCCGCCCGCUGCACUACAGCUCGCGGAUGGGCCGGCCUGUCUGCGUCCUGCUGGCCGGCAGCGUGUGGGCUGUCAGUGCGGUCAGCACGGCCGUGCACACAGGCCUGAUGACAAGGCUGACAUUCUGCGGCCCCAAUCAGAUCCAGCAUUUUCUCUGUCAAGUCCCCACGCUGCUGCUGCUCUCCUGCAGCCCAACUACGCUGAACAACGUUAUGAUAGUCGUCGCGGACGUCUACUUCGGGGUGGUCAACUUCCUGCUCACCAUGGCGUCCUACGGCUGCAUCAUCGCCAGCAUCCUGCGCAUGCGCUCGGCCGCGGGCAAGCAGCGCGCCUUCUCCACCUGCUCCUCCCACCUCCUGGUGGUCACCUUGUACUACUCCACCGUCAUCUACACCUACAUCCUCCCGGGGUCCGGCUCCUCCUUGGAAAACGGCAAAGUUGUCGCCGUGCUGUACACAGCAGUCAGCCCCACCCUGAACCCUCUCAUCUACUCACUGCGGAACAAGGAUGUCAAGGUGGCGCUCAGAAAAGUGUUUUCCUGAAUCCAGUAAAGAAGGGAAGUGGCUGAUGCGGACUUUGCAAGCUAAGCAGCGAGUUUCAAAAUAAGACGUUGAGAGUCUGAUGUAAGAGGCAAAGAGCGAGAAGGUAGUUGAUGUGAUAGACUUACCUGUAAUGGAGAAGGAAAUGGCAACCCACUCCAGUCUUCUUGCCUGGAGAAUCCCAGGGACAGAGGAGCCUGGAGGGCUACAGUCCAUGGGGUCGCAAAGAGUCGGACACGACUGAGCGACAACACUUUACCUGU